AAUGGAUGUUCUCCUCCACUUUGUUUUUUUCUUGCCGAUUAAGAAUGUUUUAUCUUGUUUGGAUGAUCAAUGCCGUAUCUUAGCAUUUCCAUCCACUCUGUUCUUCGUGGGAGAACGUCUUGUGAACCAUACCAUAACAAACAUCAGUGUGAUUGACAGGGACACGUGUGAAUAUAGUUGCUACCUGAACCAUAACUGUGUCAGUGUCAACUUUUAUUUUGGACCAAGUGAAGCAGGAAUACAAAACUGUGAACUUAACAACUCAACAAGUAAAGAACAUGAUAAAGAUCUGGUGAAGGCAACGAACUAUGUGUACCAUGGAACAAAAAAUGCUUGUAGCCGUGCUCGCUGCAAUAACAACGCCAUUUGUCAGUCUGGUUUUACAAGCAAGGGAUAUCGAUGCGUAUGUUCUGUUGGAUUUGCGGGAGCUCACUGUGAACAAGAUGUUGACGAAUGUAAAAAUAAAACUCACGGAUGCGAUGCUAAUGCCGAAUGCCAUAAUACCAAGGGAUCAUUUAUUUGUAAAUGCAAGGCUGGUUAUGUGGGAAAUGGUCAAAAUUGUGCAAAAAUUUCUGGCUGUGACCAAAAUCCAUGCCACAAUGAAGGAACCUGUAUCCCCCAAAGUGAAGGAUACAAAUGUACAUGUUUACAAGGAUUCACUGGGGAUCAUUGCGAAACAGGAUACAUAAAAAAUUCAGUCAUAUUGUCGAAAAAUGAAUCUUACUUCGCAUAUCUUCGUGAGUUCCUGGUUCCUGCCGUUGGACAUUAUUCUCACUGGUUGCUUUGCUACCGAGCCUCUUCACAUGGCUGGGCUGGCGAUGCCUUCCACACUCGUUGCGACGGAAAGAAAGAUAUGUUAACAAUUAUACAGAAAGACCAGAAUGUUUUUGGUGGGUACACCGAUAUUCCAUGGGCCGAUUGUCCUCCGGGAGCAAGAACAAAGGACCGGUCUGGUCGCUGUUGUGUAUUCCCUUUCAAGUAUAAAGGCCGUACCUACAACUCCUGCACAAAGAGUGGCUCUUUUAUUGGAAGGUGGUGCUCAUUCGAGGCUGUCUUCAAACGUGACUGGGCUUAUUGCAAUGAUGAUCCAUAUGAAGGAUAUCGUAAGACCGACAAGGCUUUCAUUUAUUCGCUUGAAAACAAAGAAGGACUGGCGCCGUUCAAAAGUAUGGUGAAGCGUGGUUCCCAAGCGAUCUAUAUGGGGAUAAGUUAUGGUCCAACAUUUGGCGGUGGCCACGAUAUUUGUGUUACUAACAACGCAGCUCAUACUGCUCAUUCGUACACCAACUUUGGUCACUCUUUCUUGGCUCCAAAUGAAGUAAAGGAAAAGGUUACAGUGUUAGCUGGAACCUACCAUUUUACUCCCAAUGAAGUAGAGGUUUUUUUUAUCUCCCUUAGAGCUGGAAUUACAAUUGCAGGUCUAUUUCUGUUUCUAAGCCAGGUAUUUGAACUUACAUUGUCUCUACCCACUGAGGAAUGUUAA